AGUAUUCAAACCGUGCUUUUCUAAACGCGCUCACAUUUCCAAACGUUAAAGUUACCUUAGCACUCAAUCUAGGUUAUACCUAGGCAAUAAAUCAAUGUGACUUUUAAGCUGAAAAUCGAAAAUGAACGCGAAUGCACUACUGGAAUGCUUGCAAAGCAUUGGCCACUUCGGCCACAUAGUCUCCACUGAAGAGCAAAUAGUCCUGCAAAACAGCCUGCUGGUUUUGCAAAACGAGAACCAUUUCCGAAACGUGUUCUUUUGGGGUAAGAUUCUUGGAGCUGACAAGGAUUACUAUGUGGCUUAUGGAUACCUGAAAGACGCUCUACAUGGCAACAUUUUCUACUACAGUAAUAACGGAAUUAACUGGGGCCUGCUGCCUCAGCCAACCAAGAAUGGCUUGUUGCUUACCCCCUUGUGCACUACGAGCUUGCAAGGCGAUCCUGCUCUAAUAAUUGACGUGUUAAUUGAAAAAGAUGAAACAAGCAUAGAAGAGACUCUGAGGGCCGCACAAAUAAGAAAACUCAAAGAGGAAGAUAGACUGGCCUCUCUGGUUAGGAUUAUCUGCAGUGAAGCUGCAGUCGCUCCAAGAGGAGUCAACUUCCAAAGACCCGAUGGAGUUAUAGUGGAAAACUUAGCUUUUGAAGGCUUAUCAGCGCUGGAAGCUAGGGAAUUUAGUUCAUUUUUACAUGCCAGACCGCCCACCCAGAAAUACAACACCAACUUGCUAACGAGGGACGAUUAUAAUUACGCGAUGGAUUUUCUGGAUCCUUUGGAUAUCGACAUACCGGAAGGCAGUUGGAUUAUCCAAAUAUUAGCAGGAGACUCAAUAGUGCUCUUGAAGUCGCUGUUUUGGCCCGGACUGGUUUUCUAUCAUUUCCUGAAAACACCCCGACAUGGAUUUGUUUAUAUCGGCAACGGAAAACGGUGCAUCGAUGUGCCUUUUAUGUUAAGCCCUUUUGUUUAACUCACUCGCUUAUUGUUAAAUUCAACAACGCACAUUGCUGUUGAUAAAUUAUUAUGAACUUAUAUUUGGGCAA